AAAAAAAAAACAAUGACCAAAAAAACGAAUAGCCGUAAUAAUAAUGUAAACGAACUUAACAAGGAUGAAACAAAUCAUACCUUGCCUGUUCUUGAAAAGGCCGCUCCAAUUCCUACAAGUAAUCCAAAUGAUGUACUUGAAAAUGAUGUAGAAGUACCAGAUCAUUCUGUUGUUCAGCCUUCUGAAGCAAAUAAGAAACCUGAUGAAUUUUCUUUCUUUAAACGUCUUAUGUCUCUUCCCUUGAUUCGCGAUGGUUCUUCUAUGGUUCAAUACUAUGCUAACAAGAAUACACUGAGUCGCUAUGCUUUAGAUAGAUUGGAGUCCUCCUUUACUUAUGCUGUUACUAUGGUUUCUCCUUAUACUGAAAAGUAUAAAACUCAACUUUUAAAAGUAGACCAUCUAGGUUGUCAAUCUCUUGAUUUAGUCCAGAACAAACUUCCCAUUGUCACACAAACUUCAACUGAAAUCUUGACGACCGUGAAGGAAUCUCCACACAAGGUCUAUACUGAAAUUAAGGAUGGUAUCAGUCAUGCGGCCUCUAUUCCUGUUACUCGUACAACCCAUUGUCUUCAAACCUUGAUUGACUAUUAUCUUCCUCCUAUCAACAAAGAUGAAAAUAAUAAAGUAGAAGGUGACGCAGCCACAAAAAAGGGUAAAAAAGGAAAGAAAGAAGAAGAAGAUCAUGAUGACGAAAGGAAUGUUAGCUUAACUCUUUUAGCUAAUGAAGUCAAGGACAGGUUGCUAUCACGGUUCAAUUAUAUCGCUGCUGCAUAAAAAAUAAGAGCAGUUCUAUAAACCACUAAUACACAUUUAUCUAUCUAAUAUCACUCCUACGUAACUUCCCCUCACUCAUUCUUUUCUCUAUCUUUCCUCCCUCCCUUCCCCCCAAGAAAAAAAAGAAAUUAAAAAAAAAAGUUAUUACCAUCAUCAUCAGAUUUUAUCUUGUACAUGUAUAAAAAUAUAUGAUAUUAUAUACA